AUGGAGGACGGAUUCUGUAAAAAGAUUGACCUGAACCUCAAUAUUAGCAUCGAUCUUCCGGCAGAUGCCCCUGAAGGCCAUCCUCAUCUCCCCAAUGUCAAGAGACCUCGAAACGAUAUUCAUCCCGAAAAAUGUAAGGAGAUCAGAUCCACGCAAAUUGAAUUCCCGAAAGAUUUGUCUUUGAUCAAUGUCAUAGCAACUACAAUCUUCGACUGGAAACCGGCAGCACUUCAUCACCUCCUCAACCUUGAAACGAACAAUUUUAUUAUUGUGGGAAUUACUGCGGGGGCAGAGGUAUCUUAUCGUAUUUGUAAUGAUCAGAAAUGGGAGAUUAUAAGCGCCCAAAAUCACGAUACUAAGGACAGUUGCAUUUACUGGGUGCCUCUAGACCCUGUAAAGAGAUGUGCCUGCGAUGAGACCGAGAAGAGAAUGGCCCAACUUGUAUCUCAACAAUAUCUGGUCGAUGUUGUAUUCCAAAAUAUGAUUUUUCCGGUUUUGAUCUACGAGCCUGAAGCUAAGAGUACGAAGAGGCAGAAAUUGAAGGGAUUUACUACAAGCGAGCUCAUCGAUGUCUGGCGGGAGUCAAAUACUGGGAGCAGCUCUGACACUUUGAUGGAAGGAAACACAAAUGCAAGGGUUGCCGAGCUUGAAGCCCAGAUAUUGGUGCUGAAGAAAUCGAUCAAGGAACUGACUGGUCCAGCAAGAAAAAGGCGUUGGGAGGACCAAUCGGAAAGUGUUCCGCGCAUAAAUUUAGAGUGGAAAUAG